AUGGCCCCCCGCUCUCGCUCCCGUUCCCGCUCCCGCCCCUCCUGUCGCCUCCCCGCAGAUUCAACCUCCACUUGCGGCGGCCUCUCCGCUUCUCCUUCCCCUCCCUAUGUCAUCACUGUUGGGGAGCACCUGAGGAGGCCAGGUGAUGAUUAUAAUACCCGUCCUCUGUCUGUGUUCUUGGUGCAGGAGCGUUUGUUGAAGAAGGUUUGUGCGGCAGAGAAUAUAAUGCGUGUGCACUCUUGGAAGGUGUAUUCCUAG